AUGGGUCCAUCGUCACUUCUUCAGGAGUCUUCUGCGCACUGGCUUCAUACCAUCGAAUUCUCAGAGCAGAAAACACCAAGCUCACAGAAGCUUACACCGCUCGUCUUCCGAAACUUGUCUGUUCACGGUCAUGCAGUCACAGCGGAUUUUCAGCAUACAUGCGGGAACUAUCCGUCUGUGCUUCUGGGACGAGUCCAACAUAGACAUGCAAAAGACGUAUGUAUAUUGAGAUGCUUUGAUGGUAUCGUAAGAGAAUCUCAGAUGCACCUGAUCCUUGGCAGACCUGGAAGUGGCUGCACUACACUCCUUAAAACCUUGACUGGAGAAAUGGAUGGCUUAAUGCGGGAUGCGGAUAGUAAACUUGAGUACGGAGAAAUCAAUUCUAAUCGUCUGCGCAAGACAUAUCGAGAUAGAGCUGUGUACCACGCCGAACAAACUGUGCAUUUUCCAGAGCUCACUGUACGUGAGACUCUGGAGUUCACUGCAGCAGCCGUCACUCCUGCGUCUCCUCAAGCGGGCGUGUCAAGGAAUGAUCACAUACGGUCUUAUGCUGAUGCAACUAUCAGACUAUUCAGCCUCGAGAAGGUUGCUGAUAGUAAGAUAGGGGAUGAUCUUGUUCGAGGAAUAAGCGGUGGUGAGCGCCAAAGGCUUAGUGUUGCAGAAGCCAUGAUGAAAUGCUGUCAAAUUCAGGCCUGGGACAAUAGUACCCGUGGCCUUGAUCAUGCGACGGCCCUUUUCUUCGUCAAACUUCAACGUGCCAUGUGUACUGUACUUCAGUCUGUGAGUAUCAUGUCACUUUAUCAAGCAUCGGAAGCAAUGUACCAGGAAUUUGACUCGGUUUCCUUGCUAUAUGAUGGAUUACAGGUAUACUUCGGUCCUACGAAUAGGGCGAAGUCGUUCUUUGAGGACCUAGGGUUCAUUUGCAAGCCCGACAUGACCACACCAGAUUUCUUAACAUCCUUGACAAAUCCCGCCGAAAGAAUGAUAGCGAAAGAGGCCCAUAACCGUGUGCCUAGAACUGCCGCAGACUUCGAGCGGGUGUGGAAGUCGAGUAAGGAGUAUGGCAUGCUACUCCAGGAGAUUGAUGGACACUUCGUGUCCGACUCUGGAACCACCGAGUCUAAACCGUGCUCUAAUCCUGUGAUAAAACGUGCCACCACGAUCGCAUGUUCGAAGUUAACGUUGCUUAGGUCGACAUACAUGAUUCCCUUUGCUCGUCAGCUGGGGCUCUGUCUCAUACGUGCAAGCCAAAGGCUCAAGCAUAGCUAUGUUGCCACCCUCUCGGGCAUAUCUGGGCUUGCUAUUCUGGGUCUCAUCAUCGGGAGUGUUUUUUACGAUCUCCAACCCAACACAGGGAACUUCUUUAGUCGAGGAGCCAUCAUCUUCUUCGCCACUAUUCUGAAUGCCAACGCCAGUGCUUUUGAGGUAUUGACAAUGUGGGCACAAAGACCAAUCGUGGAGAAGCAGUCUCGCUACUCUCUCUAUCAUCCGUCGGCUGAGGCUCUUGCAUCUAUGCUAGCUGAUCUACCGUCUAAGAUAAUCGCAUCUUUGGCAUUCAAUUUGUCAAUCUACUUACUUACCAACCUACGACGGGCGCCUGCUGCAUUCUUUACCUUCUACCUGUUUGGUUUUACGUGUCAUCUGACGAUGUCAAUGUUCUUUCGAAUGGUAGGGUCGCUAUCACGGACCUUUGCGCAAUCAAUGGUUCCAGUCUCGGUUUGGAUCCUGAACCUAAUCAUAACCUCAGGAUUUGUGCUCCCAUCACAAGACAUGCCGCCUUGGAUCCGGUGGAUCAGCUAUCUGAAUCCUAUGGCAUACGCAUUCGAGUCUGUCAUGGUAAAUGAAUUUUCGGGUCGCUAUUUUUCGUGCUCAGGGUUCAUCCCUUCUGGUCAGUCCUACAACCAAGCCAAUGCUCCGCAGACAUGCGAUUCGGUUGGCUCAGUCCCGGGCGGAACAGAAGUCAACGGGUCUCGCUACAUCGAAUCCCAGUUUUCGUUCAAGAUUGAGAAUCUUUGGCGUAACUACGGUAUUCUGGUUGCUUUCAUGAUAUGCUUUUGCAUUAUUCAUCUCCUUGCUGCAGAGUUCAUCUCUGCCCAACGUCCACGAGGCGACGUCUUGAUUUUCCAAAAAAAGUCUAGCUCAAGACGGGGAGCUAUCAGUCAGGUCGAUGAAGAAAUUGGCCGAAUUACUGGUAGUGAGGAGAGUCCGAAUGCAGGGCUAGACUCGCCAAGUACUAUCGUACAGACAGAAGAAAUUCCCAGUGCGUUGCAUAAGGGCUCAAUACUUACCUGGGAUGACGUUGGGUACAGGAUUGGAACCAAGUUAUCGUCUAAACAGAUACUAUCGGGAAUCGAUGGAUGGGUAAAGCCUGGCACGUUGACAGCGCUCAUGGGUGCAACAGGCGCGGGAAAGACGACAUUACUCGAUGUUCUGGCAGCCAGAACGAGAGUUGGGGUGGUCACCGGGAACAUCAGCGUCAACGGAAAAGUCAGGGACGCCGCCUUCCAGAGACAGACAGGUUUUGUGCAACAAACAGACGUACAUGUAGAAACAUGUACGGUGCGCGAAGCAUUAAUGUUCAGCGCUACCUUAAGGCAGCCUAGAUCUAAGACAAGAUUAGAGAAAGCCCAACAUGUCGAUUCGAUUAUCAACACCUUAGGUAUGGAUGCAUAUGCCGAUGCCGUAGUGGGCACUCCUGGCGCAGGUUUGAACAUCGAACAACGCAGGAAGCUGUCAAUUGCAGUUGAGCUUGCAGCUGAACCAGAUGUCCUUCUAUUCUUGGAUGAACCCACUUCGGGUCUUGAUAGCCAGACAGCCUGGCUCAUAUGCUGUCUUCUACAAAAGCUUGCAAGAGCAGGUCAGGCGAUUCUGUGUACCGUCCAUCAACCAUCAGCCCUCGUAUUUGAUGUGUUCGAUCAUGUUCUAAUCCUUGGGCCAAGAGGACGGCAGCUUUACUUUGGCGCAACUGGACCCUCCUCUUGUCAUCUGGUGGACUACUUUGAAAGCAAUGGCGCACGAAAGCGAAUAAAGGGAGAGAACACGGCUGAAUGGCUGUUAGAAAUCUCCUGUUCUGCACCCACUUCAAGCACGCAGAAGGAUUGGGCCGAGGUUUGGGAAGAUUCGGAAGAGCACAGACAGAUCAAAGCAUCUUUGGGAUAUCUAACAAGAUCCAAGUCGACUCAGGAGUCCAUACCCCCAACCGCUCCGACGCAAAAAGAGUAUGCUACACCUUUACUUGAGCAGAUCCUAUGGGUCACAUAUCGCAACCUCCAGCAAGAAUGGCGCAUUCCGUCAUACCUCUACCCGAAGGUCCUACUCAGUGUUGGAACAGCAUUCUUCAUCGGCGUCUCCUUCUGGAGGCCAGAUUCAAGCAUCCAGGGCAUCCAGAACCAGAUCUUCGCCAUCUUCUGUCUGAUGAUCCUGUUUGGUAGUCUUUGCCAGCUCAUUAUAGACCGGUUCGCCCAACGUCGUGCGGCUUUCGAAGCUCGGGAGCAUCUGUCUAAGACAUUUUCCUCUUCGGCGUUUCUCGUGGCAAGUAUACUGGGCGAAAUCCCGUCGCAAACUGUGAUUGCCCUCUUGAUAUAUGUCUCGUGGUAUUAUCCGAUAGGCUUCUACAGGCACGCAGGGGCAAGUAUACACGCACGAGGUGGCCUGAUAUUUCUGUUCAUAUGGUGCUACUGCGUAUUCAUGUCCACGCUGUCGCUGCUAGUCAUUGCCGGCAUCGGAGACACUAGCGUUGCUGUCAAUAUCGCCCAGCUCAUUUACUCACUAUCGCAAGUCUUUUCCGGAGUUCUCAUAAGGCCCUCCGCAUUACCGUCGUUCUGGAAAUUCAUGAACCGAGUGACGCCUUUGACAUACCUCAUAGGGGGCAUAUCAACGGUGGCAAUGUGGGGAGCAGAUGUUCGAUGCAGGCCAUCCGAGCUAGUUGAAGUCCCGCUCCCCGCGAGAAACACCUGUGGGGAAUACCUUCAGGCCUACAUCGCUACGGCAGGCGGGUACGUUGUGGACCCUUCAGCCACUGCUUCCUGCUUCUAUUGCUCGGUGGCCAGUUCGGACGCCGUACUCUAUGCGCUGGGCUUUAAGUAUGACGAGCGGUGGCGUAAUGUGGGUUUGAUGCUCGCGUAUAUUGUGUUCAAUGUCGCGGGCAUUGCGUUUCUUUUCUGGCUCAAAGUGCGUCGUUCGUAG